UAAUUAAAUUAUCUGGUUCGUAUCGAUGCUCGCUUUUGUACUAGCGUCCUGAUUCCCGUAAUGGAAACAGAAAGGAGUGACAAGUUGUUGCAAGAAAAAGCAAGAAAGCAACUGGCAAAAGAUCUCAAGCCGAUUGAAAAGCUCAGAUACCAGUGUCUUUUACGUGGUGCAUCCGGGAUAGCCGGUAUAGGAAGACAAUUUCGAAUUAUUGAUGAUGACGGAAACAAAAAGCUCGAUUUCAAGGAAUUUUCGAAGGGGUGCAAAGACUUCGGUGUGGAUCUGUCCAAAGAUGAAAUUAAAGAGAUUUUUGAUGAAAUCGACGCAGAUCAGAGUGGAUUUAUUGAUUUUGAUGAGUUUCUAAUGUCUUUAAGAGUAAGAUUCGAUUAUUCGUUAAAGUGUAAGCCUCCUAUGAGCAAAUGUAGACUUGACGUACUGAACAAAGCAUUUCUGAAAAUGGAUAAGACGAAAGAUGGUGCAAUAACUGUACGUUUCCUUUAUAAAUUAUUUCUCUCGUCAUUUAUACUAGCCCUAGGUGAAUAGUAUGGGUUCGAUUCCGUUAAUAAAUCAUUUGUAAGAUUUCUAAGUGUGGAAUUAGAAUAUUUUGCACCCAAAUUCACAAAAUUAUAAAACAUCAUUCGACUUCAACUGAAAUCGUUAUAACCUUUAUCGACGAUAGUUAAUUCGGUUAUUAUUAUCAUAUUCGAAUUCAACCGUGAUCCACACCUCAGUUUACAAAUUAUGUCGGGGAGUUCAGAAAUAUAAAACCCAGGAAAGACUAUUGGUUUAUUGGAAAAGGAAGUGGAAUUAACCAGUUGCUUUCAAAAGCUAGAGUUAAAACACAUUCUUAGUCAGACUCUUUAAGGUAAUUGCUUACUUAUGAUAAGUUCGCAUUUACAGUGUCCACUACUCAGAGAAAUUUCUACACAUACAAAUUUUAAAUCAGAUUGAAAAAU